UUUAUACAGUGUAUCAGCUGAGUCAUGAUAUUGAUGUUGGUCGUUUCCAAACACUAAUGGAAUGUUUUACCAGCACUUUUGAAGAAGUGAAAAUUUUAGCAUUUGAUCUUCUGAUGAAGUUGUCAAAAACAGCUGUACAAUUUCAGGAUUCAGAAAAACUGCAGAGCUUAUUCCAGGCAGCACUGGAGCUUAGCACAAGCACCAAACCACACGACUGUGUAACAGCUUCCUACCUGCUGAACUUCUUAAUCUGGCAGGAUGCUCUGCCGUCAUCCCUGUCUGCCCACUUAAUUCAGCAAGUUGCAUGCGGUCAUGGAGAUAAGUCCGCUGCUGUGGUGGAGAGGAACACAUUAAUGGUUAUCAAAUGCUUGAUGGAAAAUCUUGAGGAAGAAGUAUCUCAGGCUGAAAAUUCUCUGCUUCAAGCAGCAGCAUCAUUUCCAAUGUAUGGGCGAGUCCACUGUAUAACAGGAGCUUUGCAGAAGUUAUCUCUAAACAGCCUGCAGUUGGUGAGUGAGUGGAGACCUGUGGUGGAGAAGCUCCUUUUGAUGUCCUACAGACUUUCUGCUGUGGUGUCUCCAGUCAUUCAGAGUUCAUCCCCCGAAGGCCUCAUCCCAAUGGAUACUGAUUCAGAGUCAGCAAGCCGUUUACAGAUGAUUCUGAAUGAGAUUCAGCCACGAGAUACUAAUGAUUACUUCAGCCAAGCCAAAAUAUUGAAAGAAUGUGAUAGCUUUGAUUUAAAGGACUUGAAUUUCACUGUGUCGAAAAUUGAUAUGUCUGCAGAAAUCAAAGGUAAAGAAGGAAAAACAUGUGAUGUAACUGCUCAGAUGGUGCUGGUAUGUUGUUGGAGAAGUAUGAAGGAAGUUGCUUUACUUUUAGGCACACUGUGCCAGCUUCUACCCAUGAAGUCUGUGCCAGAAUCUUCUGAUGGAUUAUUAACAGUGGAGCAGGUAAAAGAAAUAGGAGAUUACUUUAAACAACACCUUUUACAGUCCAGGCACAGAGGAGCAUUUGAACUGGCUUAUACUGGUUUUGUGAAACUCACUGAAAUACUAAACAGGUGCCCCAAUGUGAGUCUGCAAAAACUGCCAGAACAGUGGUUAUGGAAUGUUUUAGAGGAAAUUAAAUGCAGUGAUCCUUCAUCUAAACUCUGUGCUACAAGGCGCAGUGCUGGAAUUCCUUUCUACAUACAGGCACUGUUGGCAUCUGAACCAAAGAAAGGCAAAAUGGAUUUGUUGAAAAUAACUAUGAAAGAGUUAAUCUCUUUGGCUGGGCCUGCAGAUGACUCACAGAGCACAGUCUCCCAGGUUCAUGCUUUAAAUAUCCUUAGAGCCUUGUUCAGGGAUACACGUCUGGGAGAAAAUAUUAUUCCUUAUGUUGCUGAUGGAGCUAAGGCUGCAAUUCUGGGUUUUACAUCACCGGUCUGGGCAGUGAGAAAUUCAUCCACACUUCUUUUUAGUACCUUGAUCACAAGAAUUUUUGGAGUUAAAAAGGGAAAAGAUGAACUUUCCAAAACAAAUAGAAUGACAGGAAGAGAGUUUUUCUCUCGGUUCCCGGAACUCUAUCCUUUUCUUCUCAAACAGUUGGAAGCUGUAGCCAAUACAGUGGACAGUGAUAUGGCAGAACCGAAUCGUCAUCCAAGCAUGUUUCUCUUGCUUUUGGUGUUGGAGAGACUCUACCCUUCCCCAAUGGAUGGCACUACUUCUACUCUCAGCAUGGCACCUUUUGUUCCUUUCAUUAUGAGAUGUGGUCGCUCACCUAUCUACCGCUCCCGUGAAAUGGCAGCUCGUGCCUUGGUUCCAUUUGUUAUGGUAGACCACAUUCCUGAAACCAUCCGAAGUCUGCUGGCCACACUUCCCAACUGCACUGACCAGUGUUUCCGGCAAAACCAUAUUCAUGGGACACUUCUCCAAGUUUUCCAUUUGUUACAAGCUUACUCAGACUCCAAACACAGAACGAAUUCAGACUUUCAGCACGAGCUGACUGACAUCACUGUUUGUACCAAAGCCAAACUCUGGCUGGCCAAGAGGCAAAAUCCAUGUUUGGUGACCAGAGCUGUAUAUAUUGAUAUUCUCUUCCUGUUGACUCGCUGCCUCAACAAACCCACAAAGGACAACCAGCCAGUUCUGGAGAGUCUUGGCUUCUGGGAGGAAGUCAGAGGGAUUAUCUCAGGAUCAGAGCUGAUAACAGGAUUCCCCGGUACCUUCAAGAUGCCAGGCCUGCCCCAGUACCUCCAGAGCCUCACCAGACUAGGCAUUGCGGCAUUGUGGGCAGUGGUGGCCAAGAAUGGAGAGCAGACAAGGAAUGUUCCCAUCUCCUUCUCUCAGCUGUUAGAGUCUGCCUUCCCUGAAGUGCGCUCGCUGACACUGGAAGCCCUGUUGGACAGGUUCUCGUUAGCAGCCUCUGGAUUAGGAGAGAAGGGACUGCCAGCCUUGCUGUGCAACAUGGGAGAGAAGUUCUUGCUUUUGGCAAUGAAGGAAAAUCACCCAGAAUGCUUCUGCAAGAUACUGAAAAUUCUUCAUCACAUGGACCCCAAUGAGUGGCUUCCCCAGACGGAGGACUGUGUCCAUCUAACCCCAAAGGAGUUCUUAAUUUGGACGAUGGAUAUUGCUUCUAAUGAAAGAUCUGAAAUUCAGAACGUAGCUUUGAGGCUUGCCUCCAAAGUGAUUGCCCAUCACAUGCAGACACGUGCAGAGAACAGGGACUCGAUAGCCCCCGAGCUGAAGCGGUGGGUUCAGUUGGUCGUCUUGUCCUGUGGAGACCAUCUCCCCACAGAGUCUAGGCUGGCUGCUGCUGAAGUCCUCACCAGCAUGACACCAUUUUUCCUCACCAACCCCCAUCCUGUACUUGAGUUGCAGGAUACGCUUACUCUCUGGAGGUGUGUCCUUACCCUCUUGCAGAGUGAGGAGCAAGCCGUCAGAGAUGCAGCCACGGAAACCGUAACAACAGCCAUGUCGCAAGAAAACACCUGCCAAGCAACAGAAUUCGCCUUCUGCCAGGUGGAUGCUUCCAUCGCUCUGCCUCUGGCCCUGGCCGUCCUGUGUGACCUGCUCCAGCAGUGGGACCAGCUGGCCCCUGGACUGCCCAUCCUGCUGGGAUGGCUGUUGGGAGAGGGUGACGACCUUGUGUUCUGUGUGGAGAGCACGCAGCAGGUGGAGGGAGACUACCUGUUUGAAAAAGAAGAAGUCAACUUUUGGGCUGAGCCCCUGAUCUUUGUGAAGCACCUCCACAAACACCUCUUCCGUCUCCUCUCCAAGUCCGGCUGGCAUCCCUCUAGCCCUGAGAGGCUCUGUCACCUUCAAAAAACAGCGUCAGAGCAGUGCCACCUCCUUUCUCAGCUCUUCAGAGAGCUUCCACCAGCUGCUGAGUUUUUGAAGACAGUGGAGUUCACGAGACUGCGCAUUCAGGAGGAAAAGACUUUGGCUUGCUCGAGGUUGCUGGCUUUUCUGGAAGGAAAGGAAGGGGAAGACACCCCGGUUCUCAGUUCUUUAGACUCUCCUGCAGAAGCGAGGCCAUUAACUCUUCCAAGAACAGAAAUGGCACGUUGAAGAAAGAAAAUCUGGGGGGUUGGGGGUGUGUGUGGAUUAUUCCUCCACUCAAUCUGCAGGCAGCACGUUGAACGUAAAUUCACAGAUGUAGUCCC